AUGGCGGAUACAGAAGUAACAACUCCUGGUAACCAUAGUGGAACAGGUGGUGAUACAGAAAUUGAUCUGUAUGCGGAUGUUGUCGAGAAUGAACUUGAUACAGGGGCAGGAGAUGAUUAUGGAGUUCAUGACGAGCAAUUCCAACAGAUAUCUCACGAUACUGAUUUGUACGAUGAUGUAAUUACAACACAAUCAUCAGGAACUGAUUUCACUGAUAUAACAAAUACAGUGAAUCAAAAUCAUACUCGAAUGGAUCACGUAAAUGGAUCUGGCAUAACAGGAAAUUCAUCUUCAAGUGCCUAUGGUGGUAAACGAGUGUCACUUUACGUUGGACAAUUGACUUGGUGGACAACAGAUACUGAUUUAAUUGAUGCUAUUCACGAAAUAGGGAUACAUGAUCUACUUGAAGUGAAGUUUCAUGAAAAUCGUGUCAAUGGACAAUCGAAAGGCUUUGCUGUCGUUACUGUGGGUUCGGAUGCAUCAUCUCGAACAAUUCUGGAAAAGAUGCCUAAACAUGAGAUUCAUGGACAAACACCGACAGUCUUGCCUUGUAAUAAACAAUCCUUGAGUUUCUUCGAAGGUCCAACACGCAAAGAUGGACCUGCAGAAUCGAUACCACCUAUGGGUGCACCACCUCUCCGUCCGAUGGGACAUCCACAAAUGGGUCUUCCAUAUCCAAUGCCUCGCGGUGGUCCUAUGGAUCAAUCGUAUCGUUUUCCUCCACAAGGACCUAUUCUCUUACCUGGUGGCAUGGGUCGUCCACCGAUGCACAUGGGUCAUGGUCCACGUGGUCAUCUACCUGUUAAUCCAAUGGUGCUUAGUCGUAUGCCCGGUGCACAUCCACAGCAACCUGUAGUUAUGAUGCCACCUUCACAACGCCCGGGCGGCGUACCUCCUACUGCCACAGGACCUCCUCACGUUCGUCAACCUGUGCGACCUGGUGCUCCAGGUGCUCCUGUCUCAUCGAAUUCGAUUCCUAUGAUGCCGGGUCAACAUCCAACCAGCUACUAUCCUGGACAGCCAGUGCCAGGUCAAGGGGCGCCGGGACACGGUCUGUCUGCAUCCGGUCAACCGCAUCCUGAUCCAUACUAUCGAAGCGCUGAGGCUUCAGCAAGUAUGGCACCAAUAAGUGAAGCUGAAUUUCAAGAGAUCAUGGAACGGAACAAAAAUGUAUCAAGUAGUGCAAUUUCUCGUGCCGUUCAAGAUGCAUCAGCCGGUGACUACAGUUCAGCUAUUGAAACAUUAGUUACAGCCGUUUCGCUCAUUAAACAAUCGAAGAUAGCAGGUGAUGAUCGUUGCAAGAUUCUAAUCAGUUCUCUCCAAGACACCUUGAAAGGAAUUGAAGAUAAAUCGUAUGGACAACGACAACGUCAUCGUAGUCGAUCUGGUUCCCGUGAAUCCCGUAAGAAACAUCGCCAUCGUUCACGUAGCCCACGCGAAAGAAACGAAUAUCGACGUAGCGAAGAUUAUGAUAGCAAAUACAGUCGAGAUCAUCGACGCCGUUAA